AUGGCACCCGUAAUCCACUGCGUCAGGCACGCUCAGGGCUAUCACAACCUCUCCGUGGCUAAUCACAGUUUACCGGACCCAUCCCUGACUCCAUUCGGGGAAGAACAAUGCCACAAAUUCGCCCAAGACUUCCCCUACUAUCAAUCAAUCGGUGCCAUAGUCGCCUCGCCCCUCCGUCGAGCUAUCUACACCGCCUUGUACGGCUUCAAACCCCUGAUAGAGAAGGGCAUGUCCGUCAUCGCUCUCCCAGAAUCGGACUUCGACAAGGCCAUGGGUACGGAUUGGAAAAACGUCGAACUCAGGUCCUACGAAUUUGCCAACGAAGACGGCGAAAACGCCUCAUUGGUCGAAACGAAGGAUUCCAGAGAAUCGAGACGCGGCAGCGAGAUACCCUUGACGAAAGAGGAACGUUUGAAUCUACGAGCGACAGCAAAGAAGACCAAGGAUGGCGAUUUCCAUCCUGUACAGGCGGUACAAGCGAAGGUGUGA